CCCAAGCUCAGAGGUUGAGCCGGAAAUGACAAGGAAAGCGCGCGAAUUCUAGUUUUCACCCAUUGAAGAUGGACGGCGACGGCGACAGAGUCGCGUUUUGUCCGUUUUGUGGUAAGCACAUCAGCCAACUAUCACGGUUUUGUUUCUCGUGUGGCCGGUCCCUCGAGUUUCUGACGGAAGGACCAAACAAACCGGCAACCUCUGCACAGCCGGAUAAUGCAAAGCAAACAGGAAAACCUUGCCCAUCAUUCAAACAAUUUGUCGACUACAGAAGCGCGAAGACUAAAGAACGCGAGGGGUUUAAUUACGGGUCGAGAGGGAAACAUAGCUACAAGAAGACUACAGAAAGGAAACCGGUCCAGAUAAACAUUGGAUUGAUGGUGUGGAUUGGAACGGAGGUAAAACCUCUAAGAGGGAAAAUGCUUCCAGUAUUUGUUGACCCAGAGAUAGCAGCACCAGAAUUGCUCAAACAAGCUGUCCAGAAGAUGACAAAAUUUAAUAAGGACGUGCAAGACGGAAAGUACAUCCUUUUGUAUCCGGACCGGUCAGAGGUGGUCCAUCUGCCUGGAUCCGAAAGGCCAUUCAAAUUGGCCGAGUACAAAAAGGAGCUUGGAAGGCCAUAUGGCAGGAUCACCCUCUUCAUUUGCCUUGAAACUGAUUUUAAAGGAGUAGCGGAUGAUACUUCAGAGUCGGAUUCUGAAAUUGACAUCCCAUCAAGGAGCACAGUCGAAUUUAAUCGAGCUGACACAGUGGUUUUUGAACCCCAAAACCAAAGUACUCCCAGACCUAAACCUAGAGAUGAAAGAGAUGAACCAGGACCUUCGGGAAUGGUUCCGACUGUGGUCAUAUCAGAUGCUGAGGACAUGGAUCCAACUCAGUCAGACAAGACUUGCUACAGAAAAUACACAGACCUGUAUUCACCAGGUGUUGAAGAAGAUGAGGAGCUGGUUGCAGUAGUCAGUGUGGAGAAUUUCCAAGACACAGCAGUGGAGGAGAUAGGCACUACACUUCCCUUGAUUAUAGCAAACCUGUCGCUUCUGAUCGACCACAAGAAGGUCAGCAGGUUCAACAUUUCGAGGUCCAAUAUUUGGGACGGAGCUGUCAGAGGAUUCAAGCGUUCAACGUACUCAGAAGCCUGUGACAUGCUGGUCAGGUUCACAGAUGAUGCUGGAGUUUUUGAGGAGGGCAUUGACACCGGUGGACCUAGAAGGGAGUUUUUGACCCUUCUCAUGAAACUCCUGAAAGACCGGCCUAUUUUUGAUGGUCCAGAAGGUCAUAAGUUCUUGGUCUUCAAUGCGAAUGCCGUUAGGGAGGAUGAGUACUUCCUGGCAGGAAAGAUGGUCGCGGUCUCAAUAGUACAUGGAGGUCCAGGACCCCAUUUCCUGUCAGAGGGUCUUGUUCAGUAUCUUGCGGGCCAGCCCUCAUUCAAACCAUCAGUUAAUUUAAUAACUGAUGAUGAGAUAGGGAAAGCUUUACGAGAGAUUGAGAAUGCUGCGUCAUUGGAUGAUCUGCGAGACAGUAUUUUAAGACACAGCACAAUGUUGCAGACAGCUGGCUGUCUUAGACAUGUGGCUGCUGUCGAACAAAAAAAAGAGAUUGUGGCAGACUACCUCCAUUGGCACGUCAUUGACCGCAACUCCUCUGUAAUUGACAGAUUCAAAGAUGGUCUGUCAGCCCUUGAGUUUCUUGGUGCACUGAAGCAACACCCUGCUUUGCUGACCCCUGUCCUGUGCCACGUCGACAAGAAACUCACUGGCUUAGACCUUGAGAGGGUCUUCAAACCUGAUCUCAGUCCUUCAGGAAGUAACAGAAGACUGAAAGAAAACCAAACAUUGGCCUACUGGGCAGACUAUCUUCUGGAUUGUGAAGGUUUGUAA